GCGGAAGUCGGUCAGGCUGCCUCUGCCCAAGGUGACGUUCUCUUCAUCUCCAUUUGGACAUGGCAGCUCCUGAGUUUACCGUCAGUGCCCUUGUGUCUGCGUUGCUCAUUUGCUCUGUGGCUAGUUACCCCAAUGGAAAAGUAGCAAUGUCGUGCGGUGGGAUGGCCCCCCAACAUGGCCACAGCCCACAGCCAGAGCCUGUUCACCAAAUCACAUUGAGUCAGACGAAGUUCAAACCUGGAGACCAGAUCCAAGUUACUUUAUCAGGGCCAAAAUUUAAAGGCUUUCUCUUGGAAGCUCGUGAUGCCGAGGAUCUGAGUGGCCCUCCUGUUGGCUCCUUCACACUGAUUGACAGUGAAGUGUCACAGCUUCUGACUUGUGAAGAUGUCCAGGGUGUAGCUGUGAGUCAUACGUCUUCAUCCAAGAAGACAGAAAUCAAAGUCUACUGGAACGCUCCACGCAGUGCCCCAAGCCACAUACGAUUUCUGGCCACGGUUGUUGAGAAAUAUAAAAUCUACUGGGUGAAGAUUCCCAGUCAUGUCCUUUCGCAACCAAAUGCUCCUCCCUUUACAACGCCUGCAGCGACAGCACAACCUUUGACAGUGUCACCUUCUGUCUCCCACUUAACCAAGUCGUUCAGUGCUUCCGAGUGUGGGAGCAAGAAGUUCUGUGUUCGGAGUCCUUUGAACUGUGACCCAGAGACCGAGCCUGCCUGCUUCUUCUUGUCCUUCACCAGAGAUGACCAGUCGGUGAUGGUCGAAAUGAGUGGUCCCAGUGAAGGCUACCUGUCGUUUGCGUUGUCCCAUGACCAGUGGAUGGGUUACGACGAUGCUUACUUGUGUAUCCGUGAAGAUCAGACAGUGUAUAUACAGCCUUCCUAUUUGACAGGGCGAAGUUAUCCUGUGAUGGAAUCCAGGGGGACCCUCAAGGAUAUGGCCUGGAGGCUGGUGGAUGGCAUUAUACAGUGUUCAUUCAGAAGAAACAUCACCCUUCCUGAGGUUAAGAACAGAUUUGUGUUAAACGAAAGCUACUACAUCUUCCUAGCAGAAGGAGCCGCUCACGACGGCCGAAUUUUUAGGCACUCUCAGCAACCUUUGAUAACUUACGAAAAAUACGAUGUGACAGGCACUCCAAAGAACGUAGGAGGAUCCCACUCUUCACCCCUUUUAAAGGCACAUGGUGCCUUAAUGUCUGUGGCAUGGAUGACCACAGUUAGCAUAGGAGUACUGGUUGCCCGGUUCUUCAGAUCUGUGUGGUCCAAAGCCUUCUUCUUUGGUGAAGCAGCUUGGUUUCAGGUGCACCGGAUGCUCAUGCUCGCCACAUCUGUGCUCACCUGUGUUGCUUUUGUUCUGCCUUUUGUGUACAGAGGAGGCUGGAGUCGGCGUGCAGGGUACCACCCAUACCUCGGCUGUACAGUGAUGACUUUGGCUGUCCUUCAGCCUCUGCUAGCAACCUUCAGACCACCUUUACAUGACCCAAGGAGGCAGGUGUUUAACUGGACUCACUGGAGUGUGGGGACGGCGGCUAGAAUAAUAGCAGUGGCAGCAAUGUUCCUAGGAAUGGAUUUACCGGGGCUGAAUCUCCCUAGUCCACAGAAGACCUAUGCCAUGAUGGGGUUUGUGGUCUGGCACAUCGGGACCGAGGUGCUUCUGGAGAUACAUGCUUAUCGGCUCUCUCGAAAAGUGGAAAUACUGGACGAUGAUAGAAUUCAGAUCCUCCAGUCACUAACUGUCGCGGAAGCAGAGGGUCAUGUUUUUAAGAAGGCGGUGUUGGCGAUUUACAUAUGUGGGAAUGUGGCUUUCCUCAUGGUGUUCUUAUCUGCAAUCAACCAAGUAUGAGCAAGUGAAGACUGUUUUUUUCUUGUUUGUUUGUUUGUUUUUUUGAUGGGCCUGGGUCAUAAUUAUCAAAACAAGGAGAUCCGGGCUCACGUUGACUACCUGGAAUAUGUUUUAAUUUGGAAGACCCAUGGGCACCGCGAGAGAAGAUUUCUGAAGUCUGGUCUAUGCAGAUUCUAUCCAGCUAGGCCAUGCAGCCUGUGCAUUGAUGUCAGUCAAGUCUUUUUGUGUGUUCUUCUGCACCUCAAAAGGAACACUGUACUCAAGGUGACAUGACUGUCAGCGUCACACACCAGAUUUGAAACAGUAAACUAGAAUGAUUAGCAAAUGAAGAUAAUUAUCUCAGGCAAAGGAUCAAUGGGGAUUGUGUCUUUGGGAAUGAGACAGGUUUUGUGUAGCCCAGGCUGGCUUCCAAUUGGCUGUGUAACCAAGGGUAACCCUGAACCUAUCUUCCUGCCUCGGCUUCCGGGUGUGGGAUUAUAGGCGUGUGCCACUAUAUCUGGUCUUAAGGGGACUGUAACUUUCAUGGCAGCGCUACUGUGGGUACUGAAAAGAAAGCAUUGUGUUGACUAGUUUGUUCAGAGAUCUUAGAUUUUUAAAAUUUGUUGCUACGCUUUGUUGUUUUUAUGAGCACAUACACACACCAAACAAAGUAAACCUACAAGAACAAAACA